GAUGGUUCAUCAAGUCUAACUUACUUAUGCAAAAUUUCAUCUAAAAAAUAAAUGGGGAGUAUAUUUCAUUGAAAAAUACCUUUCUGAAUUUUGAACAAAUCUGCCCUCGCUUUCUCCUCCAACACACUAAUCGGAUCACAAAGACGGGAAAGAAAGAGGGAGAGAGGCAGAGAGCUAUGCAAAUGGAUUGGUCUUCGUUGAUCUUUGGUGCUGUGAUAAUCUACUGCUUGGUUGUUGCAGUGAUUGCGGAGGAACAGCUGAGUACAAGAGAGUGCGAGAACCUUGGCUUCACUGGUCUUGCUCUCUGCUCCGAUUGCAAAACACUGUCGGAGUAUGUCAAAGAUCAAGAGGUAGUUUCUGAUUGUUUGAAGUGUUGCACUGAAGACUCUAAUGAUGCCACAAGCAAGGUUGUAUAUGCAGGAGCAGCUAUAGAAGUCUGCAUGAGGAAAUUGGUAUUCUACCCUGAAAUUGUUGGUUUUAUUGAAGAAGAGAAAGAGAAGUUUCCUUCUGUAAAAGUUCAAUAUGCAUACAAUUCUCCACCAAAGUUGAUUAUGCUGGAUGAUGAUGGAGGGCACAAGGAAACCAUUAGAAUUGACAACUGGAAACGUGAACACAUACUUCAGUUCCUAGCAGAAAAGGUUAAGCCAUCCUCAGAUAUUUAGUACCAGGGAUGAAAUCAUCUUAUAGCCAACCUUACCUCCAUAUAUACAGUAUUGAGUAUUAUGUAUCAUUAGUCCAUCGGUCAGUACUCCAUGGAUGAACAAUAUGCAGCUUGGGUCAACCAUUCUGCAUUUUUCAGUUUGUGCAACCAUUGCUGUAUUCUAUACACUUGGAUAACCAUUGCUGUAUUCAGUUUGUGCAUUUUUUUCUUAUUGCAGCAUAACUGAACUGCUAAUGUCCUUGCUUUAACCCCAAGUUUGGCAA